AUGAACAAGUAUGAUGUCAUCCGGCAGAUCGGAGAGGGAGCGUUUGGAAAGGCCUUCUUGGUCCAGGACAAAACAGCAGCUGAUGGCACUAGGGCCCAGUGUGUGGUUAAACAAAUCAACCUCAGGAAGAUGUCGGCAAAAGAAAAGGAAGCUUCCAAAAAAGAGGUGACGCUGCUUUCCAAAAUGCAUCAUGUCAAUAUUGUGGCUUUCAUCAACUCAUUUCAAGAGAAAGGCUCCUUGUACAUAGUGAUGGAGUAUUGCGACGGAGGAGAUUUGAUGAGGAGGAUAACCAUGCAGAGAGGAGUGUCCUUCACAGAAGAGCAGAUUUGCAACUGGUUCGUUCAGAUCUGUCUUGGUCUCAAACACAUACACGACAAGAAGAUUCUGCAUCGAGACAUCAAAACUCAAAACAUCUUUUUGACCAGUAGAGGCACCAAAGUGAAGCUCGGAGACUUCGGCAUCGCUAGAAUGUUGAAUAACACCAUGGAGCUGGCUCGGACCUGUGUGGGGACCCCUUACUACUUAUCUCCAGAGAUCUGUGAGAAUCGCCCUUACAACAACAAAACAGAUAUCUGGUCUUUAGGCUGCGUCCUGUAUGAACUCUGUAUGCUCCGACAUCCAUUUGACGGCAGCAGUCUGAGGCAGUUAGUCAAUAAGAUCUGCAGAGGACGCUACAAUCCAGUGCCAGAGCAGUACUCCUAUGACCUGCGGCUGCUCCUCACGCAGCUGUUCAAGGUGAAUCCUCGAGAUCGUCCCUCCGUGAGCUCCGUUCUCAAACGCCCAUUUUUGGAGAAGCAUUUGAGCCGACAUCUGGAACAACAGGACAAGUCAAGUGGUCACUCAAUCUCAGCCCCAAACAGAGCGCCCUCCUCAGUCCGACCUGCUCAAAUACAAGAGAAAGUGCAAAGUCCCAGAGCAGAAGGGAAGAAACAGGAGGAGUGGAAAAUCCCUCAGAGACAGAAACCAAUACAGCACAAACCUCUUCAACACAAACCGCCUGAUCAAUACAACGUGGACUAUAUCCUGCGAGAGAAACCCCGGGUUCCGGAACAGCCUGCCGGGGAUCCAUACUGUCACUUUCACGCUCAACUCGACGGUUUGGAGUUCAGACAUAGAGACGAGCCGGGUCCCGAGCCGCACCAGCUUGUGGCUGCGGCGCGGAACGAAUAUUUACAAAGAAGACAAGAAGCGAACCAGUACAAGGUCCGAGCCGAGAAACAAUUGGGUCUUCGUCCAUCCACAGCAGAGUGCCCCCGCAGAGCUGGAGGUCACGAGAGCGACAUAGAACCAAAACAACACUCUCCUCGUUACCAACGCAACGGACAACAAGAGUAUUUGCAGCAACUGGAGCAGAUUCGACAGCAGUAUCAUCAGGACAUGAAGGAGAUGAAGCUAAGAGCUGAGGCUGAGGUUCAAGUGCAGAAUAAGCACGAGACGUUUGUGGUGGAGAAACAGCGAGAAGCUGGGUGUCCAGCUGUAGGACAGAGGAUACAAGCCCCAAAGCAGGAUGUUGAAGCAGCUCUGAAGCAGAUCGGAUUGGAGCCCACAGAGUCCAAAAGCGACAAAAGGCAGCAGGGCAAGAAAGGAAUCAUGUUUGAGAUCAGACUGAAUGAAGUCGAGGAAGAGACGAAAGAUAAAGAAGAGAAGACCGCUUCCUUGCCAGAAGAGGAAAUUGACUCUCUCAACCAGACGUUGAGCUUUGAGCAUGGACAGCAGCUGCAGCUCUGUGAUUGGCUGGAGCAGAGGAGGGGGUGGAGCCAGAGAGUCCCUGAAACUCUAUUGGGCGCGUUGGACAACAUGGAGGUGAUGACAGCGACGGCCUGGACCCAGCACACUGAACAAGGAGAGGAUGAAGAGUUCCGCAGACACUGGACCAAAGGCAUUCAUAAGUCUCUCCUCGAGGAUCUGGAACAGGCUGCGGUCCUCCAGUCCACCCUGGGAUCUGUCACUGCAGAAAUUGAGAAGUUGAAGCAGCACGACACAAAACCAGAGAAAGAGGAGGAGGAGUUCGAGGUGGAGAGUGAUGAAGAGCGACUGGAGCCUCGGUCUGACGAUGACGACACUAACUUUGAAGAAUCGGAGGACGAGCUACGGGAGGCUGUGGCCGACUCCAUGAUCAAUCUGCUGAUGCUGGAGGAGGUGCAUCAGGGGGCCUCGCAUCAUGAGGAGACUCAGGAGAAGAGACCUGCUCCAGACCCGGACCUAGGCUCCACCAUCACAGCAGGAGGUGAACACCAGGAGCUCAGGGCAGCGAAGGACUGA